AUGCAGCUGGAGCAUUGUCUGUCGCCUCCGUCGAUGAUGCUCUCCAAGAAAUUUCUCCAUGUGAGCGCUGGCGGCGGCGGCGGCGGCGCUUACCCGCCUGCCGCGGGCGGAUCCGAGCUUGUCUUGCACGAGCACCUCCACCCGCACCCCCAUCACCAUCCGGCUGCCGCCGCCGCCGCCGCCCUCCUUUCGGCGAGCGCUGACAACCUGGAGAGAAGUUCACCUCUGAAAAAACUCGCCAGGGGGGGGAUGACGAAUCAGGCCGAGGCAGACAAUUUCCCUGACUCCAAAGACCCGCCAGGGGACGAGCAGCUCCGUCCAACCUUCGAUGGAGCGGCGGCGGCUGCGGCAGCGGCAGCAGCAGCAGCAGCGGCGGCGGCCGCAGCCGCGGCGGAUCGAUACCUGCUCUCCACGCCAGCUUCCUCCGGCCAGCCUCCGGCUACUGCCUCGGCUCCUCCGGCCGCCGCCGCCGCUACCAUGUUCCCCUACCCGGGUCAGCACAACCACGCGGCCGCCUUCUCGCUCGCCAGCCCCAGCCGCUACAUGGCGCACCACCCGGUCAUCGCCAACGGAGCAUACAACAGCCUGCUUUCCAACUCCGCGGCGCCUCAAGGCUACCCGGCUGCCGGCUACCCUUACCCGCAGCAGUACGGCCAUUCCUACCAAGGCUCGCCGUUCUAUCAGUUCCCCUCUGCCCAGGCUGGCCUCGUCCCCGGCAAGGCGCAGGUCUACCUAUGCAACAGGCCGCUCUGGCUGAAGUUCCACCGACACCAAACCGAGAUGAUCAUUACCAAGCAAGGCAGGCGAAUGUUCCCUUUCUUAAGUUUUAAUAUUUCGGGUCUGGAUCCCACGGCUCACUACAAUAUUUUUGUGGAUGUCAUCCUGGCUGACCCAAACCACUGGCGGUUCCAAGGCGGCAAGUGGGUGCCUUGUGGCAAAGCGGACACCAACGUGCAAGGAAACCGUGUCUACAUGCACCCGGACUCGCCCAACACAGGAGCCCAUUGGAUGCGCCAGGAAAUCUCCUUCGGGAAACUGAAAUUGACCAACAAUAAAGGGGCGUCCAACAACAAUGGGCAGAUGGUGGUCCUGCAGUCCCUCCACAAAUAUCAGCCUCGCCUGCACGUGGUGGAGGUGAACGAAGACGGCACCGAAGACACCAGUCAGCCCGGUCGGGUUCAGACCUUCACUUUCCCGGAGACGCAGUUCAUCGCCGUCACUGCCUACCAGAACACCGAUACUCUAAAUCGCCAACGAGCCAACUACAAGUUUGUGGGGCUAUAUUAUGGGUCUUUACUGGACAUAGGAAAGAUUAGUCUUAGUUCACCAAGACUUUGUUUCAUUUGA